AUGAUCACAUUAGAUGUUGCCGCUGCCUCAGCAGCACUUGAAGCAAAGGUCAUCGCCGACUUGCGCGAUGAAAUCGCAAAGGCUAUUUCGAGUGCAAAUGGUGAUAUCAAUGCACAAUCGGAGCAAUUUAGCAACUUAUUUAAUGCACGUUGGCCUGCCGAGAAUCCAGAUGAGUUCUUACAGCAAUUUGUCAAAUUCAGCUUUGGCAAAGCUCCAAGCAAUAUUUCGCAAGAUAAGGGCAAGGGAAAGGUGGAUGAUGAAGCAGUCGCUUCACCAGCCCCCGCAAUAAAUGAGUAUGUUACUCUGCGGGCGGUCCUCCAAACAGCAAAUGACACCAUCAAAGUCGAAGAUGGAGAUGUCAUCGCGCCAACACCACCCAAUCCUUCCCCCUCAGCAAUCUCAGCAAUCGACCGCCGUCCAAUCCCCGGGCUGUAUUUACCAGCAAUGUCGGCCCAGCAACCUUCGCAGCCCAUCUUCGCAAUUUCCCGCCUUGCCACAUACUGCAGGCAAAUUGACACACGCAAUGUUCCAUCAUACGGGCGCAUCUUAAAGCAAAACAAUGCAUUCCCUCAUUGCGGGGGUCGCGGCAUCACCAAGCCCAUCGGGGAGCAAAAAAGCCGUGUGGAUGCUCCCAAGGCAUGCAUUCUGUGGCCUCAGCCAUAUGGUGGAGUUGACACAAGCAAUGUGGAUGCAUGCACAGAGUUCGCAAAAGUUGAGCAAUUCUUAGACUGGCUGCAAGAUCAAAUCCUUCCCGCACACCUCAACAUCCGCGAUGCAUACAUCAAAUUCACAAAUGAUCGUGCACAUAUUGAUGGUGCCAACACAGCAAACAAUGUAGCAAUGAGAGAUAUGGGCGCAAGACAAAAUGCGUCUGCGGGUUCAUCCAGAGCAAUGAAUAACGAGAAGCGUUCGUGGGAUGAUCGCAGUGAGGGAUUUUAUCCGGAUAGGAAGAAGAUAAGUUAUUGA